CACCUUUUCAGAGUUAAAUCCCUGAUUGUGCGUCUGCAACAGGAGGUGGUAUUAAAAUGCGCCUGUAACAAAUGGGGUUUUUGGAGAGGCUGCAACUCCGUGGGCGGAGCGAGAUGACACAACAAUUAAAGAUGAACUUUGUGUGAACUAAUUUCUGUCGCCAAGCCAAAGGUAACAGGAGGCCGAGACCUGGGGAAAAGGGUAUAAAAAGGCCGUAGAAACACCCAUACGGUUCAGAAGCAAACAAUCUCUUGCUCCACCUAAAAGUCCUCACAAAGUUUAUAGUUGGUUUGAGUUACGCGCACUAGUACAAUGGCUUUGAACACCUUGCUGGCGACACUUCUGUGCACCAUUGUGCUUCCAAUCUUUCUCUUUUUAGUCGCGGUGAAGUUAUGGGAGGUUUAUUUGAUCCGUGGUCGGGAUCCCAGCUGUCCAGCCCCUCUUCCUCCUGGAUCCAUGGGCUUACCUUUCAUCGGAGAGACGCUCCAACUCCUUCUCCAGAGGAGAAAGUUCCUGCGGAUGAAACGGCAGAAGUAUGGAUGCAUUUACAGAACGCAUCUCUUUGGCAACCCCACGGUGCGCGUCAUGGGCGCGAACAACGUCAGACACAUUCUGCUGGGGGAACAUAAACUUGUCGCGGUGCAGUGGCCCGCUUCCGUCAGAACUAUUUUGGGAUCGRACACGCUCUCCAAUAUGCACGGGACCCAGCACAAAAACAAGAAAAAAGCUAUAAUGAGAGCGUUCUCCCGGGAUGCCUUGGAGCACUACAUCCCGGUGAUCCAGGAGGAGGUGAGGAGCGCCGUGAGGSAAUGGCUACAGAAGGACUCCGACGUUCUAGUCUACCCCGAGAUGAAGCGCCUCAUGUUCCGCAUCGCCAUGAGGAUCCUCCUGGGCUUCGACCCGGAACAGAUCGAGACCGACGAGCACGAGCUGGUGGAGGCUUUCGAAGAGAUGAUCAAGAACCUUUUCUCCCUGCCGGUAGAUGUCCCCUUCAGCGGCUUGUACCGGGGAUUGAAAGCCCGAAAUUUAAUCCACUCCAAAAUCGAGGAGAACAUUCAGAGAAAAAUAGACAGUGGAAAAGAGGUGAAACACAGAGACGCGCUACAACAGCUGAUCGACAUCAGCAGGAACAGCAGCCAUUCAGCAUGCAGGUAAUACUCUAUACAUGUAUCCCCAUUCAGCAUGCAGGCAAUUAAGGAGUCAGCCACAGAGCUUUUAUUUGGAGGCCAUGAGACCACUGCCAGUACAGCCACCUCGCUGGUCAUGUUCCUGGGACUCAACCCUGACGUGGUCAACCAACUCAGACAAGAACUGCACCAGCAGGAGGAACGAGGUGUGGAUCUGCUGGGUCAGAAUGUGAACAUGGAGGUGUUGGAACAGUUAAAGUAUACCGGCUGUGUGAUCAAAGAGACGUUGAGGAUGAACCCCCCUGUUCCCGGAGGCUUCAGAGUGGUACUGAAGACUUUCCAACUCAAUGGUUACCAGAUCCCCAAAGGCUGGACCGUCAUCUACAGUAUCUGUGACACCCACGACGUGGCCGACGUGUUCCCCAACAAAGAGGAGUUCGACCCGGAGCGUUUCAUGGACGGAUCCUCCGAGGACUCCUCACGCUUCAACUACAUCCCGUUCGGCGGCGGCUCCAGGAUGUGCGUGGGCAAAGAGUUCGCCAAGGUCCUCCUUAAGAUAUUCCUGUUGGAGCUGACUCUGCGAUGUGACUGGACUCUAUCGAACGGUCCGCCGACCAUGAAGAUCGGCCCUACGGUCUACCCCGUUGAUAACCUGCCCACUGUGUUCCGCCGUCACAGCCGCACCUAGUGACCAUUAAAAACACACCUCCAUAUUAAAGCUAUGAAAUUGUAAAUAUAUAAAUAUUGUAAUGGGUUUUUUAGAUGAAAUGAUUCAUAUGUUAAUACAGAGUUGUGUAUAGUGUCGUUUGUUUCUAUAAAACACGACAUAUCUGGUGGAUCACUGACAUUCCUUUAAAGUGUCUAUGUACAUUUUGUURAUUUSUGUUAUAUWGCUUUUCAUAUCUUACUGCAGCUUAUUUAUAUUACAUGUUGUUGUAUGGACUUUAUUUAAUAAAAACAUGUUUUGUCAAUAAA